AGGCAGAGAGAGAGAGCCCAGCCCUUGAAUGCACGGCAACAACACGCCGUCAGAGAGAGGGAGAGACACACCGAGAGACUGGCUGUUUUUUGGGGGGAGCAAAGGGAGCCUUCGACGCUGCGGAUAUGAACUGAAAAGAGCGCACAAGAAGAGGGAGCGUGUAUCUAUAUAUCCCACAUUUACUGUUAAGGUGGAAACUAAUCCCCCCCCAAAAAACCCUGCUCUCUCCCUAUAACAGCUCUUAUUCAGAUAUAGCUACACCCAAAAGCCCCGACCGACCCCCUCCUGCUGCUCCACCCCUCCGCCGCUGCACCGCUCCGGCAACCGAGAUGCACACGGAGACCCGUAACAAGAAAUGCCAGUCAACUCCUAAGCAGAAGAAGAGUGCCGCCGGCGGCCAGAGGAAGCAGAGGAGCCCGAGGAGCAACCUGAAGAAACAACAACCAUCAGCAUCACCACCGCCACCGGAGGAGGAGGAGGAGGAGGUCAAGCAGGAGGAAGAGGAGGAGCCGGCCACCAGGCCUCGGCCGCAAGAGGAGGAAGUGGGCGAGGAAGUGGCGACACGCUCUGUGAAGGCGGAGGAGGAAGAGGAGGAGGUGACAGUCAUGCCCUCGGUACAGAUCAAACCAGAGCCGGAGGAGAUGGAGUGCACGGUGGGUGAAGGUGAGGACUGCACGCAGACGACAGACCUGAGGGUGAAGACGGAGCCGGUGUGUAAGUCGGAGCCCGCCUCCCCCGACCCGCCCCCCGCUGAGGACCAGACCGAGCCCGUGGACCUGUCACUCAACAAGCCCCGCCCCUCCUCGCUCCCCUCCUCCGCCGCGGGCACCACCAUGAACCCUGCCCCCAGCGGCAUGGUGACACAAAUGUCCGCUACACCCGUCCCCUCCACAAUACAAACCAUAGGCUCCAUGAAUCUCCUUAGGCCAGAGACCUUUGCGAUGCUAACUUCCGGAAAGGCCAAUGAAAAUAUGUCUUCUCUGCACCACUCCAUUGUCCUCUCUCCAGGCUCCAUCUUGGCCACUCAGGGUGCCGGGGGUCAGCAGAUCCUCCACGUCAUCCACACCAUCCCCUCCGUCAGCAUGCCCAGCAAGGUGGGCCAGCUGCAGACCAUCCCGGUGGUGGUGCAGUCGCUUCCUGUCGUCUACACCACCAUGACGACUGACAGCGUCGCCACGGCAGCCAUCACCGUGCCGCUCAUAGGCAGCGACGGCCGCUCAGAAGGAUCUGUUCGUUUUAAGCCCGGCUCGACGUCUCCGGUGGAGUUUCAGAGUGACAGCGAUGCAGAGAGCGGCACAGAGUCGGGGUCCGCCUCCCUCAGCGCCCAGAGCCUCGACGCAGGGUCGGUGAUGGACCUGGAGCCCGUGGACCCAGACUCUCCGGACGUCAAGAGGAGGCGGAUCCACAUGUGUGAUUAUGAAGGCUGCCAAAAAGUUUACACCAAGAGCUCCCACCUCAAAGCCCACCGGAGGAUACACACAGGAGAGAAACCCUACCACUGCACCUGGGAGGGCUGCACCUGGCGCUUCGCCCGCUCCGACGAGCUCACCCGACAUUUCCGCAAACACACGGGCAUCAAACCGUUCCGCUGCACCGAGUGCGACCGCUCCUUCUCCCGCUCGGACCACCUGUCCCUGCACCGCCGCCGCCACGUCAUGAUGUGAACUCUGACCCCCCCUCCCUCACCCUAACCCCCCCCCCCCCCCCUCACAGCACAUCUUGUACCAGAGACCCCCCUCCAAACUAAGGCUAAAAAAACUUCACCUCUGCUGGAGCCUACAUCAGGAUUUUUAUCAGCAGAGAAAAAGAGACACAGUACCUCCUCCUCUCCUUCCUCCUCUUCCUCCUCCUCCUCAUCAUCAUCAUGGAAUCACAGGAAUAUCAGGAAUGUGUG